AUGUCGUCGGCGCCGGGCGCGCCGCCGACGCCGGUGCAGAUCCGCGAGGCCAACGCGCACCUGGCCGCGCUGCACGGGCGCGUGGCCGAGCUGGAGCGGCGCCUGGCGGCCGCCGAGCACACGGUGCGGGGCCAGGCCGAGAGCCUCAUCCGCAAGGACGCCGAGAUGCGCCAGGCCGUGCAGGGGCUGCGCCGGGGCAAGGACAGGGAAAUCGCCACUCUGGAGGAGAAGCUGCAGUCCUCCGAGGAGAACGGCCGGAGGCUCCUGGGCGUGAUCCAGGAAAAGGACGCCGCCAUCGCGCAGCUCCGCCACCGCAGCCGCCUCCUCACCAAGAUCUGCCGCAGCCGCCCCGUCCUGGACAAUCUCCUGGCCUACAUGGCCGAGGGGGAGCAGCUGAGCCCCGUCCUCGCACCCCGGAGCGGCCGGGGCUCCCCAAACCGGAGCCCGUCGCCGGAGGCAAACUGCCUCCCUGAUCUCGAUUUGGACACCAGGGACUUCUCCGUUGCGGACGACGACCAGGAUUCAGACAAGACGCUGUUCGGGACCACGGUGUGAACAGGCGGGACCCUCUGGUGCCCCGUUGCCCAGAUAACCUCUCCUGGGUGACCCCCUUUUCCAUACUCUGGGAUGUCCAACUUGCCGAAGCCAGGGACGGGGGGGGGGGGGGUUGAGAAUUACGGCCUUUAGAUCCAGGCUCAUCAGCUUUAAUUAGCUAGCUGAUGCAAACCAUUCCUUUGGGGCUCAGGAAUAACCUGAGCCUCAAACAUUUCCCUCCACCCCGAUUGGGUUUUGGGGACCAUGAGGCGCCCAGCCAAACUGAUGCCCUCCAGACUGCAGUGCCAGUCAUUCCGGGCCAACUUAGAAUCGAAAAAGGGCACCACACAAAAGGAAAAAAAGGGAAGAAGAGGGCAGAGAAAAACAGCAGCCAGUCCUGCUGGCCGGGAUAGGAUGGCAGCUGCUGUCCAGCACAUCUGGGGGGCAGCAGGUUCCCUUGGAGAAGUAGGUUUCCAUGAGGGGGCUGAGUUUUUCUCCCAUAGAUUUAUAUCCUGCACUUUGUAAGGAGGAGUAAUGACAGUUCCUUCAGCACGGAGCCGAAUUCUUGGGUCUCUGGGUCCACCCCAAAACAGCUAGGCCCGUGGCGUACGUGACGGCAGCUGGUCCUGCCUUUUCAGGGGGCGGCUCAGAAACGUCCUGAUCUGGGUGACGGGAGGAAUGGCGUCUUUUCAGUUUCUAGAUACCGGCAUCACGUUCUUAAGGGAAUCUUGUGGGAUUAAUCCUGGACUCCACCACACACACACACACGAACGCCUCUCCUCCUCCGGAGACGUCCUGCCUCCUCCUGGUUCUGGAGUCCAUUUUGGAAGCUCCCAUCUCUCUUCAAAACGUGGUGUAAGUUAGGGACACUUUAAAGCAGCAGUGGCCGUGGGCGGAUGCCAGCCACGACUUCUGGAAUCAUGGUAGAGCUAGAAGAGGCUUCUACGGCCAUCGAGUCCAACCCCCUGCUCAAUUUCCUGCAGAUAGGGGUGUGCGUCUCUCUUUGGGGCCUUGACAGUUUUGGGGGCCUGACCCGUGGAGAACUCCCAGCCUCGAAGGUGAGCGCCGUUCACGUGGGCCACAAAACCAACCGACGUCUGCAUUUUGCAGUCUUUAGAGUUGCUUCUUCUCCAACCUCGAGUCUGUGUAGGAUGCUUUGCCCCUAAUAAAAGGGGGGGGUGUGUGUGGGACGGCAACUUUGAUCAGUUUACCUUCUUCCCUGGCCCUUUUCCGUGAGUAGCUCUUUCCGUUGGUGGGAGAAGCUUAAUGACUCUGAUGGCAGAUAUAGGUCAAUCCCUACCCUAAAUUUACUAAUAAUGCCCCGUUUUCCUCUUGGGUUACCUUGGAUCCGUUUCCCGGCUGAAGUUGGGCAUUUUCUUCCAUUCAGCUGUCCGUGGUCAUUAGCCGAGCCCAAGACGCCAGCCGUCUCAGUUACAUAUUUGUUUUUAUAGGAUUUUUUUCUGUUGUUACGAAAGCGCUUCUAGUCAGAAGCGAGAAAUGACACUUUAACGCUAAAAAUAACACAUCUAGCACGCAGGAUCUGCAACGAAGAGUUGCCGCGCAGGGUGCUUCAGACCACUUUCCUAGUCAGUCAUGCCUUUCUCACCCCGUCGCAGAUUCAUGUGCCCCUCCCCCCCCCCGUGCCUGUGGCCACCGAGCACGCCCAGUUCUAGGGCUGCUUUUCGGGUAUCCCGUCGCCGCUGGGUUUUUCUUCCCCGGAAGCUAUUUGUGCACUUCUGCAAACCUCAGGUGUCCUCCAACCUCCUCGAUACCUCCCUCGUACCUGGCUGGGGCGCCCUUUUGGCUACAUCGAGACGAGCACUUGGAGAAGAAAGGUGGCACUCAGGAUGGAGCAUGGCCAGCCCUUUUCUCCUUCUUCCCCCCCCCCCCCCCAAGUCUGGAAAAGGGAAUAAAUGCAACAUCUUUCUACGCACCAGGAACGCAGCUAUAUGCUGACCCCUUUGCUCCAGAGGUCACUCCAGCGUGUCUGGUCUGGUCUGAAGGCGUCUGGAAUUCUCUCCUGGUUCUGGCGCUUAGCGGGGUGGAGGUAUGAUUGCCCGAUUUCUCUGCAGAGGAGCUACAUCAGGUUGGGUCUGGGGUCUCACGCCGCUUCAAAUCGUAGCAGCACAAACGGCCCCAGAGCCGCCCCCUAAACCAGACUGAGGCUGGGCGUUUGGAUUCCAAAGACGCCGCCCGUCCUUCCGUUCCUCCUCUUGAAGAACUUUCGUUUACAAUUUUGCAAACCCCCCUUUUUAAAAGAGCUCCUUCAGAGCGGCGAUCUUGAAGGGUCCCCUGACGACCGCGAUGGGAUUUCCCUCGGAGUAAAAGUGCGCAGGAUCAGUCUCUUUUCCCUCGGUGACGACUGUGACCUUUGUUACGGGCCGGGACGGCACCGCUGCCAAACGUUACGACGGGAGCUCCGGUUUAAGUGCCUACGGGGACUCAGUUAUGCUGCGUCCUCGCUCUGACUUUUCCUUGCU